AACUCUUCACUCGUGCUCUUUCAACCCCAGCACAUAGCAGCAGUUCAAUGUUUAAGAGAUUUUCCAAGGAUGACGUGUCCUCGUCUAGCCAGGUGAAGUCCUCGGUGCAGCGAGGGUUCCGCGCCAAGCUUUUGGAGCAGUUCCCCAACUCUGAGCCGUACCUGGAGGACAUCCUGCCUAAGAAGGGCAACGUGACGAUCGCCAAGUGCAAGGACCGGGUGUCUCUGAUCUGCUGCGACGGCGUGCCACUGUUCUUCCAACAGCGAGAUGGCCACAUCUUUCCCACGCUCAGGAUAUUGCACAAGUAUCCUAACAUGAUGCCGACGAUGAGAGUGGACAAGGGGGCCAUCAGCUUUGUCAUGAACGGAGCCAACAUCAUGUGCCAGGGCUUCACUUCGAAGGGGGGGAGAAUAGACACACCGUUAGAGGCGGGAGCAGCCGUGUGUAUCCUGGCGGAGGGCAAGAAGGUAGCUCUGGCGGUGGGGCAGACCACAAUGUCAACAGCAGAUAUCCAAUCGGUGAACAAGGGCAUCGGUGUGGACAACUUGCACUACCUGGGGGACGGGUUGUUUGGUACCAAGGAGUUGGAUUGACUCCAGUGCCUUCUUGUUUGCUUCUUUAGGUUUGUUGGAGCCUGGCACUCCCGUGUAGAAAAGGUCCCUCUCGACAACUGUAGCAUGCGAUGUCUUCGCCAUCAGUUCGGCGCCCCGAGAAGUCGUGACGUUCUGCUACCUUCGUCAUCGAAUCGUUGGGUGUUGGUGUUGCGAGCAUGGUCUGGUCCGCUGCGGAAGGGGGAGUGAUAGGUGGGCGGUGCGGUAGGCUCGGAAUCCGGUUUUGAAGCGCCCUCCACACGAUCAGCUGGGGGCAGGUUACACGCAGCCCUGCCACGAGUUUUUGGCAGAGCCAUGCCUCCCGCAUAUGGCGACUGCCUACUUUGCAAGUCGUGACACGCGCUCUUUUGUGCCAGGUAGCAACCUACGUUUGGCUUAGGUUACGGUCAGGACGGAGACACGUUCUUCGUUUGCCACAGACCGCUGGAGUUCCUCUGAGGGCGUUGGACAUCCAGCUAUGAAAGGAACAGCCGCACGUGUUGCUCGCUGUCUAGCAACAGUGUCACCAACCAACGGCUGUUUCCUUCCACAGGCGGAUACACACGGACACGUAAUAUUGUCUGGCUCGACACGCGAACAUUUUUCUUGGUGCGGCGCUCCACCGAAAGUUUCCCCGCCGAUUUCUGUUGUCGAUUGUCACGAAGCACGGUUGGGUGUCCUGUGAAUGAAUGUAGAUUUUUACAACCAAGUAAGGCAGCUACAGUGUAUCGAAGUGGGAGAUGCGUGCUCGAUGAUGGGCUGUGGCCGGCAUUUCAGAAUGUGGUGCCUCUAUCGGA